AUGGGGUCCAUCUCCCAAUCAGAAGACACCAGCGCCACCCGCGAGGCCGGUGCGGACGCCAACAUCCCCAUCGUCGACCUCUCCCCAUUCACCUCCUCUGCGCCUUCGACAGACUGCUCCCCCUCCGCGCGGCAGAAGGCGGCGCACGACCUCGUCCGCGCGUUCCGCGAGGUCGGCUUCGUCUACGUCAGGAACCACGGCGUGCCGCAGGCCGAGCUGGACCGGGCGUUCGCCCUCUCCAAGCGCUUCUUCGCUCUCCCGCGGGAGGACAAGAUGAGGGCGCCGCACCCGCCCGGCUGGGGCGUGCACCGGGGCUACUCGUGGCCGGGGCUGGAGAAGGUGUCGAGCGCGAUGGCGGCCGAGGACGACGAGGCCGCGGUCCGGAAGUUGAGGGAGGUGCAGGAUUUCAAGGAAAGCUACGAAGUCGGCUCCGAGACCAACCCGGACCAGCCCAACGUGUGGCCGCCUCCCGACGUGCUGCCGGAGUGGCGGCCCUUCAUGAGCGGGUUCUACUGGACGUGCUGGGCGGCGGCGCGGCAGAUCCUGCGCGCGCUGGCGCUGGGCAUCGGGCUCGCGGACGCGGACCACCUGCUGCGCUUCCACGACGGGCACCACAACCAGCUGCGCCUGCUGCACUACCCGCCCGUGGCGGCGGGCGAGGUGGCCGGCGGGCGCGUGGCGCGCAUGCCCGCCCACACGGACUGGAGCAGCGUGACGAUGCUGUUCCAGGACGACUGCGGCGGGCUGCAGGUCGAGCACCCGGCCCGGUCGGGGAGGUUCGUCGACGUGGCCCCGCUGCCCGGCACCUGCGUCGUCAACGUCGGCGACCUGCUCAUGCGCUGGAGCAACGACUUCCUCACCUCGACGGCCCACCGCGUCCAGCUCCCGCCCCGCCAGGACCGGUUCACCGGCGACGAGAGGCUGACCCGCGCGCGCUACUCGAUCCCCUACUUCCUCACCACCGACCCCGACACCGUCAUCGAGUGUCUCCGCGUCGACGCCGACCAUCCCCCCAAGUACGAGCCCAUCACGCAGCGCGAGUACGCCGCCAUGAGGGCGCGCAUGCAGUACUGAGGUUUGGAGUGAGUGCUGUUCCAGAAGCGGGGCGUGGGCUCUUGUGAGGCAACGAUGUUUUGAAGAAGGCAGGUAGUGUUGGCCGGUUG